GUCGAGUUGGUACAUAAAUAUAAACAUCUUUUAGGUACGAAGUUCAACAUAGGCUACUAAGUUUUUUCGUGUCAUAAAAUUAUCAAGUGUUACUACAUUUUUAUGAGAGGGUACAUAACCUAACUUUAAAAUAAUCUAGUUGUCAGAAAAAUGUUUUCUACUAAACAACAAGUGUAUUCAUGGGAAAAAACAUAUCAGUUGAUAAAGAUUAAACACGAUGAAGCAUUUAGGGCCAUAGAUCAAGCUAUUAGUCUAGAGGAACAAGAGAAACAAAAUGAGGCUAUUGAAAAAUAUAAAGAAGGUAUUAGAUUGAUAGACGAAGCCUUGAGUAUACAAGUCCAAUGUCCAGAAAACCCCGAUAUCACAUGGGAAAAAGCACGCGUAAUGAUUCAAAAAAUUAAAAAGACGAGAGCUGAAGUGAUAACACGUAUUAAUUGUAUUCAGGGUCCGUCCAGUGCUUAUUCGAGUAUUUUAAGUGAAGAUCCACCAUCGUACGAAGAAGCUAUGUCUUCUACGGACGACGAAGGACCAGUAACAUACAAAGAUUUAGCUACGGCACUAAGAGAUUUGAGCGUCGAUCCGAAUCAAAAUAUUCACGAAGAAGUUGUUUAUACUCAUGAUAAUGUUAGAGUUUAUUUUAUUUCUCCUAAUGGAGAAGUGGUUUCGACAUUACAACCGGAGGUUUUGACAAUAUCACUAGUUAGAGGUACUGAACCAAACGCACCUGCAGCUAUUCUACAAGUAGGAACAUGGGUGUAUCCAUUGGUUCCUGGUGUAUCUCCUUGUUUUAGAACCGAUUAUGGAGCAUUUGUACUUCCGGACGUAAAUGCUGAUGUUCCUGGUUCUUCAGUUGGGAUUAUUUUACCAUCUGAUGCCGAUCAAGAGGUGUUUGACCUCUUGGAAAGCAUUCUUCAUGGUAUUAUAGGUUCCACACCAUCGGCAGAAGAUAUUAGGAGCUGGAGAGAAAGGAGAGCAACCGCACAAUCGGAAGAUUAUAGUACAUAUAUUUCUAAUAAAAUUGUUGACGGAGCCUUUUUGGUCUCUCGAGGUCUUGUUCGGGGCGCAGAAAAGGCCGGCGAUUUCUUUAACAGAACCACCCCAACAAUUAUUAAUAAAGUACAACCAGCAACAGAACCUGCUAAUGUUCCCCCUACUUUAGCUAAAACGAUACAUGUAGCAGAAACGGCAACAAAUAAGGCAGCUAGGGUUACUGGCUUUAUUGCUGAAAGAGUGGGACUCGCCACCGUCCGCUUGGUCAAUACUUGGCACCUCACAUCCAAAGAGGUGGUACUAAAUUAUUGAUAUGGAUACCCUGCAAGUACUCUAACAGGUGAUACUUUAUCAACAGUUGGUAACGUGUAUAAUAUUGCUCACAAUGCCAGAAUUAUAACUCCGAAAAGUCUAGCAAAACGAACUGGGGCCGGUGUAAUCUAUGCUUAUUCAAGUUCUUCUAAAGCUAGUACCUCUUUUGCUAAUCCAGAGAACGCUGCCAACACAAGGGUGAAAAGAGAAACUGAUAAUGAAAUUGAAGAAAAAAUAACUGAAGACAACAAUGGACAGAAUCCAACGAAAAAAGGCUAGAUAUUUUGAUAAGUUAAUGGGGAGAGGGGACUAUAAAUUGAAAUCUACCGAUAUAUGUGAUAAUCAUAUUCGUUAUUAAUUUAUGUAUUUUAUUAUGAUAUAUUGUAUAUUGUAAGUUUUCGUUUAAAAUGCGUACUGUCAUUUUAAAAAAUAUUUUAACUUUGUUGGAAAGAUAUUUUAGAGUUUAUCCGUAAUAUGUUAUGGAAGUUUUCAAGCUUAAUAUCAUGUAGCAAUAUGGAGCAUAUCAGAAUGUCAGUGGAAUUUGAUAACAGAGCCACAUAAUAAUGAAACAAUCGGAAUGUCCACUCUGCUUGUCCACGCGCAUCUCGUUCGCGCAGACGGAAUCAGCCAUGUUUUAAACGGAACCAGUGCUGUUCAGUGAAAUUGUAUCUGGUGUGCAUAGAAAAAAAACCCGGUUUAAUUUAUUUACGGCAACCAUAUACAUAAUAUGCAAUAUUUUAUGUCGUACUUUUAGUUGAAGAAUAGAUUAAAUUAUUUCAAAUUUACUAAAUUAUUAAUCUCUAAAAAUUUAAAUUAUGGUUCUGUCGUAGCUUGUCACAAAUUACUCAAUUCGAGACUGUGUUUUCGUUUAAAAUAUGGCGAAUUCGAGCUGACACACUUCAAAGGCUGUAUUUGAGAGUGGGCAUUCUGAUUGCUAUUUUUUCUGUUUAGUCAUGUGCUCAACCUAUUCUCAAACAAAUAUUCUCAUAAUGCAAUAUUAUUUCCUUCUCCCAUUCAUAAAUGUGCAAAUGAAGCUCGAACGAUCUCGUUAUAAACUUCUCACAGUAAAAAAGGAGUCUAGUAUUGGUCUAGUGACAAAAAGUUAAAAUAUUUUUUUCUUGGUCCCUUUACUUCUCUCUAUAUUUCUCUAAGCAAUUUUUUUACGGGUUCGUAGCGAAAUAGGUAAAUAUUAUCUCCAUUACUCUAGCGCUUUCUAGCAAUUAUUUCUCUUACUCUUAAUCUCUCUCGCCAAUCUCUCUAUAUUUAUCUCAUCUCGCUCUAUCUCUAAACAAUUUACCUUUUACACAGUGAAAGAUAUAAAUAUGACACUUUUUGUUAGCUCUCUUUUCUCUCUCUAUCUUCAAUCUCACUCUGCUCUUUUUGAUUCUCACUCUCUUUGUUCCUCUCUUAAUAUAAUGUGUUUCUCUCACAUAUUUAUCAAGUUAUACAAAUACAUUUUGGGAAUCAUUUUGGGAAAAUAUUGUUCUUGUGAAUUUUCAAGGCGAUACUUGUCAAGUACCGCCUUUAGUUUCUGCCAACUUAUCUGAUAUUAGAAUGUCUAAUCUCAGUCGAAUGUCCUAAAAUCAUGUACCAGGAUCGCUGUGACGAGUUUUAGUGACAUCUUGUCGUCUUGCCUGACAUCUAUUCCGUAUUUUGUUUCCUACUCUCUGUGUGGAAUCUUAUAGCCGUGGUACGUUUUUGUAGGUAUUGUUCGGAAUAUCUGUGUACAAUUUUGAAGUAAUUCAACGCUUUCCACAGUGUGAAAUGCCGUCAGCAAAACGAAAAUUAGUACCAAUAGCCCAUUGUGUCCCAGAGUUUUCUCAAUCACGACCUUUAGAUCUUCUCAAUCGUUGUUUGCUCCCCACCGUGUACGGAAUCUAGACAAUUUUGGUGGUUAGCAGACUACUUUUUUCGAGUCUUAUUCCAAUAAAUAUACAAUAUAAUGCAUCUGUACAAACGGUAUACAGAUGAUAUAAACAAAUUAAUGGGUUUGUAGUAGAAUCGUCAGUGCAUUAUUCCAGUUCGAGGAUAUUUUAGGUUGGUCUAGGAAAUUUAAUUUUAAAUGUGUCGUAUUAUAUGUUUUGUACUUCUCAGUUUCAUUACAAAAAUCCUUAGAUAUAUUUUAUAUCUUUUGAAUUGCUCUGUAAACUAAAUAUUUUACUUACCAGUAUUUUUUAUAAACUUUUAACUUUUUAUUAGUCACUGCUGCUUAAUUCUCUUAAUUGUAUUAUUUUUUUAAUUCAAACAGUUGAUAUAUAUUAAAGACUAUGUUAAUCUCUAUAUUUUUAGCUAUAUUGUUAUUAUUAGUUUUAUAUAUAAUUUUUCAAAAAUCAUAGCCCUAACCGACUAAAGAAUAUGGAAAGUUCGGACGAAUGUGAUAUGAAGUAACAUUAAUUCGGUAGAUCGCUGUUUUCUAUUUAUCGAUCCGGUUUGGGAAAAUGAUUUUUGGAAUAUCUUUUUUGUUGUGUGUUAAAUAUUUACAUAUAUAAAAGGGGUAGCUGUACAUUAUUCUUGUAGAUUUAUAUUUUUUGUAAUGUGAUAUUUGUUACCAUUUUAAAGGGUUAAUAAAUAAUGAAUUUUCUUUU